AUGGACAGAGUCAAUCUAGCUGUUUCGGCUGAGUCAGAACGACAAAAUAAAAUGGGAGUGUUGGUUAAAAAGAGCCUACAUGUCAACCAGAUUAAUAAUAGCCCAGACUCUGGCCAGGAACCCCAGAAUCCAAAGAUGAGAAAGAAAAUCGGUAAUGAAGAAAAGGAGUGCAAAUCUAAUAAGUUGGUCGCAGCCUUGGAAGCGGUACAGUCUGACCUAGCAUCAUUAAAGGAAGCUUUUAACAGGUCGCAGAUAUCCGGUAAAGAUGCAUCCAAACAAGAUCCGGAUCAGCGGAACCAGUACAAGAGAAAGAGUACUUUGUGUAAGAAAUGUCAAGAGUCAGGUGAGGAGAAAUGCAUUCAUUGUUACAAGUGUGGUUCGACAGAACAUUUCGCUAGGGGGUGUAAAAAGCCCCAGGGAAACGAAAGGAGCCUACGCCCGGGGGACAGAGAGUAGCCGAACAAACUCAUUUGUCCCAUGCCUGUGCAUUCUGUAAAAGAAAAGAGACUGAUAUACUGUUUAAACAAUGUAGUAAAUGCAACUUUUUCCAGUAUUGUUCAAAAGUAUGUCAAGAAAAACACUGGGGUGAACAUAAAUUCUUGUGCAAGGAACUAUCACACUUAAAUGAACAAAACAUAAAUAGCGAAGUUAAAAAAGGAACAUACGUAUGUCAUUUGUCGCCUAAAGAAGGCGCAACUGUAGCUCGGUUAAUUGGGAAAAAAUGCACUGUUAAAUGUUUCCUGAAUGGGAUGGAGUCAACCGCUCUUUGGGAUACUGGAGCACAGAUAUCCAUAGUUUCUCAUGAUUGGGUCUUGAAGAACUUGCCUAAAGCUGAAUUGCGUACUGUAGAGUCCCUUCUUGGGGCGAGUGAGCUAGAUCUAAAAGCAGCCAAUGGGACAGCCCUACCAUAUGAUGGAUGGAUUGACAUAAAUUUUAAAUUAAUGGGGACAAAUCAUGAUUAUGGGUUUAAAGUACCUUUCUUGGUUGCAAAGAAUGUAUUGGACGAACCUAUCAUUGGGUAUAAUGUUAUUGAAGGAGUCACCCAAAACUCUACCAGUGACACAGAACAACCACUUUAUCUAGAUGCACUGUCCUCAAGCAUGGUUGGGGUGGAACGGGAUAGGGCCGAAGCCCUUGUAGAGUUCCUAAAGGCUGAGAGGCCAACUGAGCUAUCUGUACUUAAAACUACGAAAAUGGACAUAGUUAUUCCACCUGCCCAAUCAGUCAGAGUUUCCUGCCAUGUUAAUGUUGGUCCUAUCGAAGACAGGAUACCUGUGUUGUUCGAACCAAACCCAGAAUGGCCAUGGUCUGAUGGUCGUGAAGUUCCAGAGACACUGACAGCGAUUUCCAGAGGAUCACGAGUUAAUAUCCAAGUAAAUAACCCCACUAGACACCCAAUUGUUUUGCGAAAGAGAACAGUGUUACGUAGAAUCCAAUUGGUCAGGUCCAUAACUCCCCUGGAGGUGAAACAAGUUCAACAGACAAAGGUAAAAGAAAGUGGAUAUUUUGGUGAAAAAACUAAAGUGGACAUUGCCAGUGCUGUGAGUACCAAAGAGAGACAGGAUUGUCCAGAAACUACCAAUGAAGGUGCAUUUAAUUACGUUCCAAAUGUUGACCUUGAAGGACUUUCAAAUGAACAAAAAUUAAUAGAAAAGAUGUUACAAGAGGAGUCUGAAUCAUUCUCGAAAGCAGGGGAAAUAGGGAACGCUGAAGGGUUACAAAUGAAUAUCAAUCUUACGGACUCGAUCCCAGUACAAAAGACUUAUACAGCUGUGCCGCGACCCCUUUACCCUGAAGUUAAACAAUAUGUAGAAGAUCUUUUAAAUAGGGGGUGGGUACGGAGGUCAGGAUCAGCCUAUUCUCCACCAGUUGUCUGCGUGCGAAAGAAAGAUGGGACACUUAGACUAUGUGUUGAUUAUAGACAGCUAAACCAGAAAACAGUCCCAGAUCGACAUCCCUUGCCUCGAGUUCAGGCUACAUUGGAGAGUCUUGGCGGAAAUAAUUGGUUUUCAAUGUUAGACCAAGGCAAAGCCUAUCACCAAGGCUAUAUAAGCCCUGAGAGUCGGCACAAAACAGCAUUCAUUACUCCGUGGGGACUAUUCGAAUGGGUGCGCAUCCCAUUCGGUCUGAUGAACGCCCCUGGAGAAUUUCAGCGAUUCAUGGAAGGCUGUCUGCACGAUUUGAGGGAUGAAAUUUGCAUCCCAUACCUGGAUGAUGUGAUUGUUUUCAGCAAGUCAUUCGAAGAACAUGUCGAUCACGUUCGUCAAGUACUACAACGACUUCGAGCUAACGGAAUAAAACUGAAACCAGAAAAGUGCAAGCUUUUUCAGAGAGAAGUGAACUAUCUCGGACAGAUUGUCUCGUCAGAAGGUUAUAGACCAGACCCCUCGAAAGUUAACGCUGUGACAGCCUUAAAAGACUCUGUGCCAACGAAUGUAGGAGAAAACUGCUUGGUCUUGUUGGGUAUUAUCGAAGAUACAUUCCUGACUUUGCCUGGGCUGCUCGACCUUUGUUUGACUUGUUACAAGGCCUACAAACCGAUCAGACCAAGCCCGCUAAUAGAGGAGAUAAAACCAGUUGUAUGGCAGAAACAACAUUAA